AUGGCCAUGUCAGGAGACUUCACCAGCAGUUCACUUAUUCCAAAUUUCAACGCUUUGGGUGCUGGUACUCCUGGCGUCGUAAACUAUAAUUUUGACUUCCAACAAACCAAUCAAAUGGUACCCGCUCCUGCUUGGAAUUAUCCAUCUCAAUAUUACAACCUGCUCAUCCACCGACAACUGAGCAACAGUCAACCCACUACAAGUGCUGUCCAACAGGAAACCCAAGAAACCAACUUAACCACGAAAAGGACUCGCACGGCAUAUACCUCUCAGCAACUUUUUGAACUCGAACGAGAAUUCAAUAGACGAGAAUUCAAUAGAGAUAAAUGUCUCACGAGGUCGCUGAGGAUUCAUCUGGCGGGGAGACUGAAAUUGUCCAAACAACAAGUAAAAGUCUGCUUCCAAAAAAAGGGGUGGGAAAACGUAUAUAAUCCCCGCAAUUUGUAG